AGCUAAAGAACUACUCUGCAAUGUAGCUGAAAAUCCAGUAAUACUAGUACUUGAUGGGACGUAUAUUUACCUGCAGAAAAGUGGCAAUUUUACAUUCUCAAGAAGAUCAUACAGUACUCAUAAACAUAGACCGUUGGUUAAACCCAUGAUAGUGGUCACAACUUCGGGGUACAUUGUUUCCGUACUGGGUCCAUACCUGGCUGACUCUAAGAAUUCGGAUGCAAAGAUUUUGACGCAUAUGAUAGAAACGAACGUAGAAGAAAUUAAGGACUGGAUACAGGAAGACGACAUAUUCAUAGUCGAUAGAGGGUUUAGGGAUGCAGAAGCUCUACUGAGUGACAUUGGAAUCCACAUUGAAAUGCCUUCCUUCUUAACACGUGGAGCAAAACAACACUCAACAGAAGAGUCUAAUGCAACACGUCUAGUUACAAAACUGCGAUGGGUUGUGGAAAGUGUGAAUGGUAGGCUCAAGACCUGGAACUACUUAGAUAGGACAAUUCCUAAUAGUCAGAUUCCACACAUUGGAGACUAUGUUCGCAUCAUAAGCGCCAUAUGUAAUAAAUUCAGGCCUGAUGUUAGUGUAGCAGUUGAGAGCGACCUAUCCACUGCUGCAAAGAUGCGUUUUCUUUCAAAGGAAGCAAAUGUACUUAAAGAAUAUGUAGAAAGAAACGGUCUGGACAAACGGGAAAUACGAUGGCAGAAGAUCGACGCCAGCGAUGCAAGUAUUGCAUUUCCUCAACUUUCAGAAGAAGAAAUACGAGAGUUAACGAUGGGGGUAUACCAGAUAAAGCUAGCUAAGUCUUAUGCCUAAGAACACGUUGAUAAAGAUGGAAACUAUGAAAUUCUUGUCAACAAUGACCAUGAUGGUAUCCUAUGCGCCAAACUUCAAAGCAGACAUGUCUCGGCAAAGAAAUAUAUGUUGUGGAUUGGUUUUGAUGAGAUGAGCAUUAAGUCAUGGUUCUGUAAAUGCAA